UGACUCUUGGCCUCGUCCCUGUAAUACUCUGCAACCUCUUUUUGCAACGCAAGCAAGGCAGAUGGGAUAGAGAGUCGAAUUGAGACUAUUGCAUUUGCGAUCGUCUAUGCGAAUCAUUGGUUGAUGAUGCGCUUUGGACCGAUCGUUGCCUGUCGAUGCGCUGGUUGUGCUGCCCGGUGCGCCGAUGCGAUGCUUCUUCUGUGCGUGUCGCUACUAUUGAUAUUCGCGACAGGCUGCUGUAAUUCAAUGUCAGUAGUCAUCUGCGGAUCAUCCGUUCCCGCAGAUGGAAUGGACGAUCACUUGCAGUAUGAGGAAGGACUUUACCUCGAGGCGCAAGAGCUGUGACCACAAGGCAGAACAAUUGGAAGACCAAUCUCCACACUGAAGCUUACCUUGCCGAUGGGAACAAUAGUGGAGGAGGGGCAGG